UACACUCGAAUAUAUUGGCACACAGAGUACAGCCCACUCGGAAAAGCGCACUCAGAAAGCGAUCAUCUCUGGGACAUCAUUCUCCCUUCCCAUGGCUUCAUUGCAGUUGACCGCCAAUGGGCAGCCGCUCGGAAUUGGCCGGACACUAUGUCUAUGCCCAACGAUACCAGCAAAGGAGUUUAUCUACUAGAGGCCUAUCAUCAUUUACAUUGCCUCCGCAUCAUGCGAACCACCUUCUGGGAAGCCGUGGAGCAGCGCCCUUUCAGCCAUCCAGGCGGCAUGGGACAUGUUGAGCAUUGCUUUGAUGCCUUGCGACAGGCCAUCCAGUGCUAUGCAGACGAUACUCCGCUUUACACCUUUGGAAAAUUCACGGCUGGUGAUGGCCAGGUGCAUCAAUGCAGGAGUUGGCAUGAGCUUCGCGAUUUUGCCACCAGUUACACCGCUUGCUAUCGAGACAGUGUUCCGCCGAUUCCCCUGGGAGAUCAUUUCAGCUUCUGUGACGACGGCCGUGACGGGUUGGAAGAAGGU